GUCCUCCCCCACCUCCAGGCCACGCUCUCCCUCGAGGUGGCCGGCGGCGCGGCCCAGGCCCCCCCGGCCGGCCAGGCCAUCCCCAACUCCCAGACGUUUCUCCUGGUGCAGACGGCGCAGGGCCUCCAGCUCAUCCCCAGCAGCGUCCAGCCCCCGACGCCGCCCCCUGCCCCCACCAAGCUGAUCCUGCUCCCCUCCUCCAGCGCGGGGGCUGGGGGAGGCCGGGCCAGGUCGGGCCCGCGGUCUGCGGGUAAAGCUGGUCCAGGGGCUGGAGUGGUCUGGCUGCCAGGCCCUGGGGGGCUGGGGGUGCAGGGAGGGGUCAACGCAUCGGCCAGCGGGGGCGGACAGAGCCUCAUCGUUCUGCAGAAUGUGGGGGGAGCAGAGGCAGGGCCGCAGGACGUGAGUGGGGUCCAGCUUCAGCCCCUCCGGCCAGCCCCGGAAGUGACCACGGUCCAGCUGCAGCCGGCCCCGGAGGUGACCGCGGUCCAGCUGCAGCCGGCGCCGGAGGUGACCGCGGUCCAGCUGCAGCCUGUGGCGGGCCAGCUUCCCAGUGCCAGCGGGGGAACGGUGGCCGCCGAGGCCCCCAACCUGCUGGUGGUGCAGAGUGGGGCGGCGGAGGAGCUGCUGGCGGGCUCCGGCCCCGGGGAGGCGGGGGACGGCGAGGCCGGCGCGGGCGUGGUCCCGGAUGUGCUCUUCGAGACGCUGCAGACGGACGAGGGCCUGCAGAGCGUGCUGGUGCUGAGCGGCGCCGACGGGGAGCAGACGCAGCUCUGCGUGCAGGAGGUGGAGGCCCUCCCCCCGGUGCUGGCCGAGCCGCCCGCCCCCGGCCCG